AUGGAAGGAGCUAUUGAGAAUGUGGUUAUGGAGCAUGUUCAAGAACAAGCGCUCGAUAACUCAGGUAUCUUAAGUGAGUUUAUUCCAACGCUGGAUAGACCAUUCUUUAACAUUUAUCUUUGGGGACAUUUUGAUUCGAUUGUGUCCAAGAUAACUGGUGGUAGAUUCAUCCCACACGAAUUCAAAUUCGUUGCUGAUAAAUUACCUUUGAGUGACCUAAAGUCCGUAAUUGCAGCAAUCUCCACUUAUUAUGUUGUCAUAUUUGGCGGUAAAUUUCUUCUGAGGCAUUCCGAACCAUUUAAAUUAAACCUCUUAUUCCAAUUGCACAAUUUAUUCCUAACGCUAGGAUCACUAUGCCUAUUGACGUUGAUGGUCGAACAAUUGAUCCCAAUCGUUUGGAGAAAUGGACUUUUCUAUGCUAUCUGUGAUAUCGGUGCUUGGACUCAACCAAUGGUAACACUUUACUACAUCAAUUAUGUCUUUAAAUUCGUUGAAUUUAUCGAUACGCUGUUUUUGGUGUUGAAGAAGAAGAAGUUGACAUUUCUUCACACUUAUCACCACGGUGCAACCGCCUUACUGUGCUUUACUCAAUUGGUGGGUACAACUGCAAUCUCCUGGGUGCCAAUUACUUUAAAUUUGGGAGUUCACGUUUUGAUGUACUUCUAUUACUUAUUAGCAGCAAGUGGAAUUAGAGUUUGGUGGAAAGAAUGGGUUACUAGAUUUCAAAUUCUCCAAUUUGUUCUAGAUAUCAUUUUCAUCUAUUUUGCAGUUUACCAAAAAGUGGUUCAUCUAUAUUUCCCAACUUUCCCACACUGUGGUGAUUGUGUCGGUUCAACAACUGCCACCUUUUCCGGUUGUGCUAUUUUGUCUUCCUAUUUAUUCCUAUUCGUGGCAUUUUACAUUGAAAUUUACAAAAACAAAGGUACCAAGAAGAGUAGAGUCGUGAAGCGUGCCAGUGGUGGUGUUGCCGCCAAAGUUAAUGAAUAUGUUAACAUCGAUUUGCAAAAUGUUUCAACACCUUCUCCAUCUCCAACUAGAGGUUCCAGAAGAAGAUAG